AUGGCGCAGGCGGGAGGCCUCGUCCACCUCCCCACCGCCGAGGGCUGCGCCGCCUCUCCCCCACCCUUCUCCCACCCUGGGGACCACCGGCCCUGGCCUCCAGCCGCCGCCAGCCCCGAGCCGGGCCGCCGCAGCCCCCCGCGCUGCCUCACCCCCAACCUCAACGCCGGCCGCCUCCACCUCCUGCGCAAGGGCCUGGCCCCCGACGCCCGCCGCUGCCCCCUCGGCCUCUACAACAGCACGGGCUCCCUGGCCCGCAAGCCGACGGAGACGGGGCCCUUCGGCAACGGCGGCUGCCUGGGCGGGGGGCGCCUGACGGCCCCCUGCACCCCGCGGAGGGACCAGCACGUCGCGGGGCUCGCCUCGCCCGGCAGCCGCAGCCCGCUGGUGGCCCCCGAGGGACGCAGCUCCGUCGUCACCUUCCGCUUCAUCGAGAAGGCCAGCGUGCGGCCCCUCGGCGGCCCCCCAGCCCCCCGGGAGAACGGGCCCUGUGGUGUGGAGCCCAGCGAGGGCUGGUGCGUGCCCCCUGGCCAGCCCCAGCCCCAGCCCCAGCCCCAGCCCCAGGAGCGGCUGCUCCGCAAGCUGAAGCUGGAGGCCUCCGUGUCCGACCCGCUCCUGGCUGGCAGCAGGUCCCCAGGGGAGACGCGUCCCCGCGGGGGCGGGAGGGACACCUGCACCCUCGCAGCCAGCUGCCUCUUCAGCUCCCUCACCAACGGGCUCCAGGCCCCACCGGGGGACGUCCCCGCCGGCCCCCGGCCCCAGGGCAGCGCCUGGCCGCGCCCCCGGCAGAGCUCAGCCCAUGCCCAGCGCAUCGCCAGGGCCAAGUGGGAGUUCUUCUACGGCUCGCUGGAGGCCCCAAAGGCAGGCUCUUCGGCCCCCCUCGCUGAGCCCUCCCCGAAUCCCAGCUGCCUGCUGCCCGUGGAGCCACUGAAGUCGGAGCCCGAGCAUGGCCUGAGCCACGUGGAGGUGGAGAUCGAGGUGUCCCCAGUGGGCAGCAAGGAGCACGGCUCCUGCGAGACGGGCAUUAUAAGGAGGACGGUGAAGUACUCCGAGACAGACCUGGACACCGUGCCGCUGCGGUGCUAUCGUGAAACCAACAUCGACGAUAUCCUGGCCGAGAAGGAUGAGGUGGAUUCGGCUAUCGAGAGCCAAAAGGACAGCGAGAGCAACCCCAGCUUUGUGGGGACCCUGGGCCGGAGGAACAGCACGCCUGAGGAGCUCCCUGAGCACGGCGCCAAGCGCACGAAGGACAGGCUGUGUGGCAGGGACGUGGAGGAGGACGAUGAGGUGUUUGAGGCCAUGAGGAAGGAGAACAGGGAAAGGAUCAUGGAUCGAGAUACACAGGGUAUGCUCAAGUCUCCAGUGCCUUUCCUGCUAGGGCACAGCCUCUCCAAGGAUGGCAUGGACUCUUUCAGCAAGCAUUUUGAGAGCAUCAUGGAGUCCCAUCGAGCCAAAGGCACAUCUUACACCAGCCUGGACUCCAUUGACAUCCUCUCCUCCCCAGCCCGCGCCCAUGGGACCUUUUUCACUUUUGACCUCCCAACCCUCACCCCAGAAGUACAGGGACAGAUCCGAGACAGCGCCAAGCUGAUCGAGGAGAACUUUGCUCCUCUGGCUCACUUGGAGCCGGACUCUGGGACCAGUUCGGCCACAGAUGCCCCCUGGACUGAGAGGGAGGAGGAGCGAGGGAGGCAAAGGAAAGGCGUUCGGCGCAGCCCUUGCUGCUCAGAGGACAGCUUUGGUACUCCCUUGGCCUCCAACAUGAGUUGCAGCGACCAUCCCCUGAGCCAGCUGGUUUCUGACUCAGACUCGGAGAUGGACAGCAUGGAGCAGCUGGCCCUGGGCAGCACAGACACCCUCUCCAACGGGCACAAGGCUGACCUGGAGGCUGCCAAACGCCUGGCCAAGAGGCUCUACAACCUGGAUGGCUUUAAAAAAGCAGAUGUGGCCCGCCACCUGGGGAAGAAGUACGUCAACGAGUUCAGCAAGAUGGUGGCAGGGGAAUACCUGAAGUUCUUCGUGUUCACGGGGAUGAGUCUGGACCAGGCUCUCAGGUCCUUUCUGAAGGAGCUGGCCUUGAUGGGAGAGACACAAGAGCGGGAGCGAGUGCUGGCUCAUUUUUCCCAGCGCUAUUACGAGUGCAAUCCCAGUGCCAUCUCCUCUGAGGACGGAGCCCACACCCUGACCUGUGCCCUGAUGCUGCUAAACACAGAUCUGCACGGACACAACAUCGGGAAGAGAAUGUCCUGCUCCGACUUCAUUGGCAACUUGGAGGGGCUCAACGGAGGCACUGACUUCCCCAAGGAGCUGCUCAAGGCGCUGUACGGCUCCAUCAAGAACGAGAAGCUGCAGUGGGCCAUAGAUGAGGAGGAGCUGAGGAAGUCCCUUUCGGAGCUGGCUGACCCCAAACCCAAGUCCAUCAAGCGCAUCAGCAGCUGCAGUAACCCCUUCCUGGACUUCUCCCAGGACUCCAGCAUCGCCACCUACAAGCACGGACUGUUAGUGCGCAAGAUCCACGCUGAUCCUGACUGCAAGAAAACCCCCCGAGGGAAGCGCGGCUGGAAACCCUUCCACGCCAUCCUGAAGGGGAUGAUCCUCUACCUGCAGAAGGAGGAGUAUAAGCCGGGGAAGGCGCUGGCAGAAGAGGAGCUGAAGAAUGCCAUUAGCAUCCACCACUCGCUCGCCACGCGGGCGUCUGACUACAGCAAGAGACCCAAUGUCUUCUACCUCAGGACAGCCGACUGGAGGGUCUUCCUCUUCCAAGCACAGAACCCCGAGCAGAUGCACUCGUGGAUCACGCGCAUCAACGUGGUGGCCGCCAUGUUCUCCGCGCCCCCCUUCCCCGCUGCCAUCGGCUCCCAGAAGAAGUUCAGCCGCCCGCUGCUGCCCAGCUCCUGCACCCGGCUGUCCCAGGACGAGCAGGUAAAGAGCCAUGAGACCAAGUUCAAGGCGAUGUCAGCGGAGUUGCUGGAGCACCGUUCCUCACUGCCAGAGAAGAAGGUGAAGGGCAAGGAGUACGAGGAGCUGAAGCAGAAGGAGGAGUACCUGGAGUUUGAGAAAUCCCGCUACGGCACCUACGCCAUGCUGCUGCGGGCCAAGCUGAAGGCCGGCUCUGAGGACCUGGCGGCAUUCGAGUCCACGCUUUUCGAUGCAGCAGGUGGCGAGGAUGACGGCCUGAAAAAAUCCCGCUCCAGCCCCUCGCUCAACGCCGAGCCCUCCAGCACGGGCACCAAGGUGAAGCGCAACGUCUCGGAGCGCACCAGCCGCCAGCCCCCCGGCCACCCCCAGAAAUCGUAAGCCAGGGGCAUCAGCCGCCCACACUGCAGCUCCCAUCCUGCCCCCUGGCACUGGGGUGGGCGCCACGUGCCCGCCGGGACCCUCCAUGAGUCCAUCCUCUUGGGGCACGCAUUGGGGUGGGGACAGCCUUCCCCAGCCGCCAGCACCAGCCUGGUGGCCCCUUGGCUGGUGACCGGUGCAGGACAGGACCGGCCCCAGGCGCUGCCGGCGGGAGCUGCCCCAUCAGACUCAUUCCUGCCCCUCCUUGUUCUGCGCUUGGCUGCAGACUCCCCUCCAGCCCCCCUGCCUCAUGGAGGGGACGGGACGGAAACCCGCCGACUGGGCUACAUUCCUUGGUGUGAGAACCGAACGCAGCACAGCCAGCAGCUGCUUUCCUCCAGCGCCGUUGUGCCGUGUGGG